GUUAAAAGUCUCUCCAGACCAAAAAAUUUGUACCUCCCCAGGCUAUGGAGGAAGAAGGAGCAGCCACUUGUCAGGUACUAGAAGAGAAACUCUACGUCGCAGUUGGUAGAGAAGUAUGGAAGAACAUAUCAAAUCUCAUGUGGGCAUUAGAAAACUCCCAAGGAAAGAAAAUCUGCAUCCUUCACAUCCACCAGCCAUCUCCAACGAUUCCUGUCUUGGGUACAAGAUUCGAAGCUUCAACGGUAGAUGAGGAAUCAGUGAGAGCAUACCGAGGCAAAGAAACAGCAAAAACUGAGAUGAUUCUACAAGAGUAUCUUAGUAUUUGCCUAAAGAAAGGGGUACAGGCAGAGAAGCUGUGUGUGGAGAUGGACUCAAUUGAGAAAGGGAUAGUGGAAACGAUAUACCAGCAUAGGAUCAGGAAGUUUGUAAUGGGAGCAGCUGCAGAUAAACACUAUUCCAUAAAAAUGGAGGAUCUCAAGUCCAAGAAAGCAAACUUUGUCUGCCAACAAGCGCCUGCUACUUGUCAAAUACACUUCACCUGCAAAGGAAACCUUAUCCAUACAAGGUUUCCAGUCAAGGAAACUUUUGUUUUCUUGAUUGUGUUUGUAGAUGAUGUAUUGAUAGUGUUUAUGCUUGAUCAAAUGUAUAGGGAAGCUAGGGUGGAUGAAGUUAGAGCUCUAUCUGUGCUCUUGUCUGAUUUUCAGCGGCUUGUAUUGCCACAAGUAAGGUCUGAUGUGCAAAAUAGCAGAUCCUCCAUAGAUACCAUCAGCUCUGAGGUCUUACUAAGCGAUAUUCAAGAGGAACCAAAUGACUCAUCUUCUCUAGCUUUCCCGUGCAGCGGGAUGGGACUGAACAUGAUGAACUUCCUAAUCAACUCCACCAAGCUAUGGCAGAAGCUCACAAUCCAAAACCAUGAGCAUUGUGAAUGACACUCCGAGAGAAAGAG